GAUUCCUUCCACACAUAUUGUAGAGGAGCUUCCCACUGAAGGACUGUUGGAUUCCAAAUCUUGCUCGAUCUUCCGUGAGCAUGAGCCAGACUCCCAUGACAAGUCCUUCAACGAUGAACUAUCAAACAAUGGAGCCGACGAUUUCCACAAUUCCUGUGAUGUCGUUUACCCGUGGAAGACUAUGAAUUGCCCCCUCUGUUUUGUCUAUAUAUCAAGCACUCCACCAGCAGAAGAGGCUGAGCCAUCGAGAAACCGGGAUGGGGAGCUCCAUGGAAGGAUCGAAGGCUGAGUUCCAGAGAAGGAGCUACUGGAGAUGGAGCAAGGAAGACUUCUUCCCCGAGGAGUCCUUCAAGAGCUGGCCGGCCUAUGUAUCAGCGCUCGGCCAGACGCACCGCCGGUUCAGGGACCGCUUCGUCGGCCGAUCCGAUGACGCCACCGAGCUCGUUGACCUCCGAAGGCAGAGCGUCAACGACAUGAAGCGCUGCCUCACCUGGUGGGAUCUCACCUGGUUCGGCUUCGGCUCCGUCAUCGGCGCCGGGAUCUUCGUCCUCACCGGCCAAGAAGCGCACGACCAUGCUGGCCCUGCUAUUGUCCUGUCCUACGUCGCCUCCGGCAUCUCCGCAAUGCUCUCCGUCUUCUGCUACACCGAGUUUGCGGUCGAGAUCCCGGUCGCCGGAGGCUCCUUCGCUUACCUGAGAGUGGAGCUGGGGGACUUCGCCGCAUUCAUAGCCGCGGCUAAUCUGAUUCUGGAGAGCAUCAUCGGCGGUGCCGCCGUGGCCCGUUCGUGGACUUCCUACUUGACCUCGCUCUUGAACCUCCCCAAGAACUCCUUAAGAAUCCACACCAAUCUAGCCAAGGACUUUAAUCUCUUGGACCCGAUUGCGGUGGUGGUGCUCUUCGCCACCGCGACCAUCGCUAUGAUCAGCACCAAGAAGACCUCUUACUUCAAUUGGAUCGCCUCGGCGGUCCACACGGUGGUGAUAGCCUUCGUCAUCGUUGCCGGUUUUGCUCACGCAGAACCCACCAAUCUGAAGCCCUUUCUUCCUUUCGGUGCUCAAGGCGUAUUCCAAGCGGCGGCGAUCGUCUACUUCGCUUACGGUGGCUUCGACAACAUCGCCACCAUGGCCGAAGAGACGAGGAAUCCUUCGAGGGACAUACCACUGGGCCUGCUCGGCUCCAUGUCCGUCAUCACGGCAAUAUACUGCCUGAUGGCCCUCUCACUCAGCAUGAUGCAGAAGUACACCGACAUCGACACGGAUGCGGCAUACUCUGUAGCAUUCAAGAGCGUGGGGAUGAAGUGGGCGCAGUACCUGGUCGCGCUCGGUGCUCUCAAGGGGAUGACCACCGUGCUGCUCGUCGGCGCGCUCGGGCAAGCUCGCUACACCACUCACAUCGCCAGGAGUCACAUUAUUCCCCCACUCUUCGCUCUGGUCCACCCCAAAACCGGCACCCCUAUCUACGCUACUCUCCUGAUCACCAUCUCCAGCGCUUGCAUCGCGCUCUUCUCAAGCCUGAACGUCCUGGCGUCUCUACUCUCCGUGAGCACUCUCUUCAUCUUCAUGAUGAUGGCCACCGCGCUUCUCGUGAGGCGGUACUACCGGCGAGACGUCUCGACUCCGAGGGACCUCCACAAGCUGGUCAUCUGCCUUCUGGUCAUCAUUGCCUCUUCCACGGGCAUUUCAGCUUACUGGGGACUGAGGCCCCAUGGGUGGAUUGGGUACGUGAUCCUGGUUCCUAUGUGGGUGGCCGGCACUCUGGGACUCCAGCUGUUUGUGCCACAGUGCAGGACGCCGAAGGUGUGGGGGGUUCCGCUGGUGCCAUGGUUGCCGUCCUUGUCGAUCGCCACCAACUUGUUUCUCAUGGGCUCUUUGGAAUCCAAGGCGUUCCUAAGGUUUGGGAUCUGCUCUGGGAUCAUGCUGAUCUACUAUCUGCUCUUUGGACUCCAUGCUACUUACGACAUGGCGCACGGGCAGUACCAAAGACCAGAUUUAGCGGAAGCAGAGAGGAAAGCAGCAGCUGGUGCAGGAGGCGAGGCAUGAAGCCACGGAUGGGCGCUUCGUUACUUGUCAUUAGCAGACGGGUGUGUGUACUUGUAUUGAUGAUUGGAAACAUCAGCAUGAUUUCAGUAAAAUUAAUUAUUAUGGAAGGGCA